AUGGCAUUAUCAAUUAUACUGAUCUGCAUUGUAAUUAUUCUCGCUACUUCCCAGCCUUGCCAGCCCCCUGAUGAUUUUGUGGCUGCCACUUCUCCAGGGCAUAUCAUGAUUGGAGGUUUGUUUGCCAUUCAUGACAAAAUGCUGUCUUCAAAAGACUACCCCAGAAGACCUGAAAUUCAGAAGUGUGUUGGCUUUGAAAUAUCAAUUUUUCUUCAAACUCUUGCCAUGAUACACAGCAUUGAGAUGGUCAAUAAUUCAACACUAUUGUCGGGAGUGAAACUAGGGUACGAAAUCUAUGACACUUGCUCAGAAGUCACAGUGGCAACGGCAGCUGCUCUGAGGUUUCUCUCCAAGUUCAACUGCUCCAGAGAAACCAUGGAAUCUAAGUGCGACUCUUCCAGCUACAUCCCAAGGGUUAAGGCUGUCAUAGGUGCUGGCUACUCGGAAAUAACCGUGGCUGUCUCCAGAAUACUGAACUUACAGCUUAUACCUCAGGUGAGUUAUGAAUCAACUGCAGAAAUUCUAAGUGACAAAAUUCGCUUUCCUUCAUUUUUACGAACUGUGCCCAGUGACUUCUAUCAAACCAAAGCAAUGGCCCAUCUGAUUCAAAAAUCUGGAUGGAACUGGAUUGGUGUCAUAACCAUGGAUGAUGACUAUGGACGAUCGGCACUCAAUGCUUUUACAAUUCAAACUGCAGCAAAUAAUGUGUGCAUAGCAUUCAAAGAAGUUCUUCCUGCCUUUCUCUCAGACAAUACCAUUGAAGUCAGGAUCAACCAGACUCUUGAGAAAAUCAUGACAGAAACCCAGGUCAAUGUCAUUGUGGUAUUUCUGAGGCAAUUUCAUGUUUUCAACCUCUUCAAUAAAGCCAUUGAAAGAAAUAUAAAUAAGAUAUGGAUUGCAAGUGAUAAUUGGUCAACUUCCACCAAAGUUACCACUAUUCCCAACGUUACAAAGAUUGGCAAAGUUGUGGGAUUUACCUUCAGAAGAGGGAAUAUGUCCUCAUUCCAUUCCUUUAUUCAAAAUCUUCAUAUGUUUCCCAGUGAUAAUAACAAGGUCUUAAGUGAAUAUGUCACACUGUUGGCUGUCUGUGCACAUGUCAAGGACAGUGAUCUCAGUCAAUGCAUUUCCAACAAUUCCCAGGAGACCAUGACCAACAAGACCAACAAGGAUGUAGAAAGGAUUAUCUCUCUGAGAAAAGACUUCCUGUGGGACUACACAGAGCCAGGACUUGUUCACAAUAUUCAGCUUGCAGUGUUUGCCCUUGGUCAUGCCAUUCGGGAUCUAUGUCAAGUUCGAGAUUGUCAAAGCCUCAGUGCUUUUCAACCAUGGGAGUUACUUGAAGUGCUGAAAAAUGUGACAUUCACUGAUGGAGGGAGUUCUUUUCAUUUUGACGCCCAUGGGGAUAUGAACACUGGGUAUGAUGUUGUUCUCUGGAAAGAGAUUGAUGGCCAUAUCACAAUUACCAAAAUGGCACAAUAUGACCUGAAGAAUGAUGUCUUCAUCAUUGCAAACCAAGAAACAAAAUAUGAGUUCAAGACUCUUAAGCAAAUUCGAUCAAAAUGCUCCAAGGAAUGUAGUCCUGGGCAAAUGAAGAAAACUACCAAAAGCCAACAUAUCUGCUGUUAUGACUGUGUGAACUGUCCUGAGAAUCAUUACAGCAAUCAGACAGAUAUGGAUCACUGCUUCUUAUGCAACAAUGAAACUCACUGGGCCCCUAUAAAGAGCACACUGUGCUUUGAAAAGGAAGUGGAGUAUCUCAACUGGAAUGAUUCCUUGGCUGUCCUGCUCCUGGCCCUCUCCCUCCUCGGAAUCAUAUUUGUUCUUGUCAUUGGCAUAAUAUUUACAAGAAACCUGAACACACCUGUGGUGAAAUCAUCUGGGGGGUUGAAGGUCUGUUAUGUCAUCCUCCUCUGUCAUUUCCUUAACUUUGCCAGCACAGUCUUUUUCAUUGGAGAGCCCCAAGACUUCACAUGCAAAACCAGACAGACACUAUUUGGCAUUAGUUUUACCCUCUGCAUCUCCUGCAUUUUGAUGAAGUCCCUGAAAAUUUUGCUAGCUUUUAGCUUUGAUCCAAAACUGCAGAAUUUUCUAAAGCUCCUCUAUAAACCAGUCCCUAUUAUCUGCACCUGCACAGGUAUCCAGAUUGUCAUUUGCACUCUCUGGCUAAUCUUUGCAGCUCCUGUUGUGGAGGAGAAUGUCUCCUUUCCCAGAGUAAUUAUCCUGGAAUGUGAAGAAGGAUCCCUGCUUGCAUUUGCUAUCAUGCUAGGCUAUAUUGCUAUCCUGGCUCUCAUUUGCUUUAUAUUUGCCUUCAAAGGCAGGAAACUGCCUGAAAAUUACAAUGAAGCCAAAUUCAUAACCUUUGGCAUGCUCAUUUACUUCAUAGCAUGGAUUACAUUUAUCCCUGUCUAUGCUACUACUUUCGGUAAAUAUUUACCAGCUGUAGAGAUAAUUGUUAUCUUAAUAUCUAAUUAUGGAAUCCUUUGCUGCACAUUCUUCCCCAAGUGCUAUGUUAUUCUCUGUAAGCAAGAAACUAAUACAAAAUCUGCCUUUCUCAAGAUGAUUUACACCUACUCUUCCCACAGUGCAGACAACCUUGCCAUGAGUCAUGUUUCACUGGAUUCGACACACAGUAAUGCCACAACCACCAGCCCCAGUUCUAGUGGCAAUACCACUACCUGGCAGAAAAGCAAGGAUAUUCACACACAUGCAUUUGCAUAUACAUGCAGAGAAAAUGUCAAAACUUUGCCCCGAAAACGAAUUUCAAGUAUAUGA